AUGACGGUGGAGGACCAUGCUGACUUUCGCGAUUUCACUCCGAGCCGCCUGUUCAUCUACUACAACGAGCGGUACGUCGAGGGUUUUGUCAGAUGGGACAUCGGCGGCAUGCUCCGCGAUGGUAUCAAGACCAUGGCUCGGGUCGGAGUUUGCCCCGAAAAAGUCUGGACGUACGAAAACAUCUCGGAGAAGUUCAAGCAGGAGCCAGACUGGUUUUGCUACGAGCUUGCCAAGAAAUGCAAGAUCGUUGGUUAUGCGAGGGUCGCUCAGGAGCUGACCCAGAUGAAGAUGUGCAUCGCCAACGGUUAUCCCUUUGUCUUCGGUUUCUCUGUAUUUCCUAGCUUCCAGACGAAGGAAGUGGCAUCGACCGGAAAGAUGGUCAUGCCCCUCCCGGAUGAAGAGGAACGAGGAGGUCACGCAUACAUCUGCAAUCCAGACCUUGCAAACGAUUUCUGGUCUAUCGAGUGGGUGAAGUCCUUCGACAACGCAGGACUCUUAAAGGAAACUGCAGAGCAGGCAGAGCCCCAAUAA